GUUGUGAGUCAAGACCCCUCGAUAGAAGUUAACCUGUUUGGUUUACGUGUUGAGGCGCGGAAUUGUUGUUGAUUGUGCACCGUCACCAUGGUGGACCUCAGGUCUGGAACUAGUACCACCCCCUACAGCAAGGAGCAAGAGGAGAAAGCUGCCGCUAUCUUGCGAGAGAGGAAGGAGAGAAUGGAGAAGAGGGAACUGAUAAAGCAGGCCAAGAUGCUGGCCCUGCUGGAGGAGCAAGAGGCAAAGAAGAGGCAGAUGGAGGAAGAGUUUAAGAAAUGGACAAAGGAACAGGAGGAGAAGAUGGCAGCCAUACAAGCGGAGGUGGAGAAAGAAGAAGAAGAAGAAAAUCAGGUGGAAGACGAAGUAGCGUUGGAAAGAAGAAGAGGUGGAAUCAGCACAAGCAAGGAGGAGGAGAUUGAAAAGACCACACAAGAAUGGACCGCACAUUUGGAGCUGGGAGAAGAUAGGGAGGCCAAGUUGGCGAAAGAGGAGGAGCAGCAGAGGGCAUGGAAGUGGUGCCUAUCUCAAGAAAGAGUUAGGCGUCUGGAAGCGGCAGAAAGGGCAGAAAAAGAUCUAAAGGCGGCGGAGACUAGGAUGGAGAAGAUCAGGGAAGAGACGGAGGUAGCCACUAAACUCAAUACCCUGACCCAGAGUGUGGAAUCUUUACUAAUUGCACAUCAUGAGCAGACACAGUACAUCUGCAACUUAGAAGUAAAGAUACAUGUGAUACGUGUUGGGUUUAAAGAUUUUGCGCGUGAUAUGAUGAAGUACACGGUGGACCAGGUCCACCUGGCAAUUAGUAAGACAAAAGAGUUCUGCACGGGCGCCAUUGAAGGCGCCAAGUUAGCGACUCCUAAGGAAGAGGAGCCGGCCCCACCACGCCGUGAGAAAGUCAAGGUUUGUUUCCCUGAACCCUUCAGUGGAAAGAAGGGGGAAGACUUUGAUAAUUGGGAGGCCAACGUGCACUCCUAUCUCUAUUUACAGGGAGUCACGCCUGAGGACCACGUUUUGGUGGCCUUCGAGGCUCUUCGAGAUGAGGCGACCAGCUUUGCUAGGUCGCUAGCCCGCGCUGCAAACUGUGAUAACGAUAUGGUCACAUAUUCUCGACUAACGCCCCUCUCUAAGUUUCUGAAAUCAGUCAGGGAAAGGUUUUCUGAUGUGACACGGGGGCUUAAAGCCUCCGACAAGCUCCAAAUGAUACACACUCGCCAGUGCAGGAGUGUGCAUGCGCUUAAGUCCGCUAUGGACGAAUUGUUUGUGGUCCAUGGGCAUGGAGUGACCGACGUCCAGCUCCUUAACCUCUUCUACCGUGCCCUGCCUGAGAAUAUUCAUGGACACUUCUUCGAGAAGAAGAAUCAGCAGGGCAUGACUUAUGAUACUCUUAGUCGGGAGGCAGUAGCAUUUGCCGCCCAAGCAUCGCCAGUUACCACGUUCUGGCACAAGGACUUGUCAAAGGGAAAAACGUGGAAGGGACGCACCAUCUCCGGCCAAAUCAAGGCCAAAGAUAGUCUUAUACUAACAAUGGAGGAUCCCUACUCUGCCAUUGAGUGGGGACUAGAGGAGCAUGACAGCAGCGCUGGUCAGGGGAGAACCUACGCUGUUGUCGUGGCCGGAGGGAGGCCGCAAGGAGGACAAAGGUCCGGCCAGAAUGGCCAGGCCCUGGGUGGCCGAGGACAGGGUGGCCAGGGGGUUGGCGGCAAUGGCAACCGCCAAGCGGGAGGAAGGGGAGGUCCCCCGUCUAACCGUCCGCGUUUUAGUAUGUCACCUCCCAGACAAGGAUGGUGGCACCCAGGCCGGCCCGAGGGCUGACCCUGGGAUGAUCUGGGCAUAGAGCAAAAAGU